AGAGAGAGAGAGACAUACAUAACAACAGCAAUAACAACCACAACCAACAGGAGAGAUGCACAAAUUCGCCACCUCAUUACGGAGGCUAAACGCUUCAAGAGAACAAUUCCGGCGAUGUUUCUCUCAAUUAGCUCAACGUCAAGCAUCUAUUGAAGAAUCCGCUGCAUCUGUCCCAAUUAUACCACCGUUUAAUUACUCUCCUCCGCCCUACUCUGGCCCUACCGCUGAGGAAAUCCUCCGUAAGCGCAAAGAGUUUCUCAGCCCUUCCAUGUUCUUCUUCUACAAGAAGCCAUUGAACGUGGUACAUGGAAAGAUGCAAUAUUUAUUUGAUGAGAAUGGUCGAAGAUUUCUUGAUGGUUUCGGAGGGAUUGCCACCGUGAAUUGUGGUCAUUGUCACCCUGAUGUGGUCCAAGCCAUCGUCAAUCAAACCACCACCUUACAACACUCCACCAUUCUCUAUCUCAAUCACUCCAUCACUGAUUUCGCUGCUGCACUCGCCGCCAAAAUGCCUGGCGAUCUCAAGGUGGUGUUUUUUACGAAUUCGGGUACCGAGGCAAACGAGCUAGCGAUGAUGAUUGCACGGUUGUAUACGGGCUGCCAAGACAUCAUAUCAUUGAGGAACGCAUACCAUGGCAACGCGGCCGGAACUAUGGGCGCUACUGCACAGUCUAACUGGAAAUUUAACGUUGUUCAGAGUGGGGUACAUCACGCGCUAAAUCCGGACCCGUACAGAGGAGUAUUUGGGUCCGAUGGAGAAAAGUAUGCCAAAGAUGUCGAAGACUUGAUCCAAUUUGGAACUUCUGGACAUGUUGCUGGUUUUAUUUUUGAAGCGAUUCAGGGUGUCGGAGGAAUUGUCGAAUUAGCUCCAAAUUACUUACCUUCAGUUUAUAAUAGUAUCAAGAAAGCGGGAGGACUUGUGAUCGCCGAUGAGGUUCAGUCUGGAUUUGCACGUACAGGAACCAACUUUUGGGGAUUCCAAAACCAAGGCAUUGUGCCCGAUAUAGUCACAAUGGCAAAGGGUAUUGGAAAUGGAAUUCCCCUUGGUGCGGUGGUGACCACCCCAGAAAUUGCAAAAGUCUUAACUCGUCGAAGUUACUUCAACACGUUUGGUGGAAACCCUGUCUGUACUGCCGCAGGUCAUGCCGUUCUCAAAGUUAUCGAGAAAGAAAAACUUCAAGAGAAUGCUCAUGUUGUUGGAUCCUAUAUGAAAGAACGUCUCACCGCUCUCAAAGAUAAGCACGAAAUUAUUGGAGAUGUCCGAGGACGAGGACUUAUACUUGGAGUGGAACUGGUGACGGAUCGCAAACUCAAGACUCCAGCAAAAACCGAAAUAGUGGAGACGAUGGAGAUGAUGAAAGAUUUAGGGGUAUUGGUGGGCAAAGGUGGGUUCUAUGGAAAUGUAUUCAGGAUCACUCCUCCACUAUGUUUCACCAAAGAAGAUGCAGAUUUCCUUGUCGAUGCUAUGGACCACUCCAUGUCGAAGCUAUGAAGAUCGAGCACCGAAACCGAAAAGCAUGGUGUACAAAAACCCGUGGGUGGUACUGGAAACUUCUAGUGGUUUCUAUAUAUAUGACAUAUAUUGAUCAGCCGUCCAUUCUACUCUUAUAUAUUUGGUAUAAUAAAAGCAUUCCCAGUACGGGGAAAUACGUGAUUGAAA